AUGAACGCGGAGCGGGAUCUGUCACCCCUCACCCCCAACAUCGUCCGGGCCCUGACCGACAAGAUGUACGAGAAGAGGAAGGUGGCGGCUCUGGAGAUCGAGAAGUUGGUCCGGGAGUUCGUUGCUCAGAGUAACACGGCGCAGAUCAAACAUGUGAUUCAGAUCCUAUCUCAGGAGUUUGCGCUCUCUCAGCACCCACAUAGCCGGAAGGGUGGGCUCAUUGGACUGGCAGCCUGCUCCAUCGCCCUUGGAAAGGACUCUGGUCAGUAUUUGAGGGAACUUAUAGAGCCUGUUCUCACCUGCUUCAAUGAUGCAGACAGCCGGCUGCGGUAUUACGCCUGUGAGGCUCUGUACAACAUCGUUAAGGUGGCACGAGGCUCCGUGCUGCCUCACUUCAACGUCUUGUUUGAUGGACUAAGCAAGCUCGCCGCUGACCCAGACCCAAACGUGAAGAGUGGAUCUGAGCUUCUAGACCGACUGCUGAAGGAUAUUGUGACGGAAAGUAACAAGUUUGAUCUGGUCAGUUUCGUUCCUCUUCUGCGUGAGAGAAUCUACUCCAACAACCAAUAUGCCCGGCAGUUCAUCAUAUCCUGGAUUCUGGUGUUGGAGUCAGUCCCAGACAUUAAUCUGUUGGAGUAUUUGCCAGAAAUCCUGGACGGACUCUUCCAGAUUCUUGGAGAUAACAGUAAAGAGAUCCGGAAGAUGUGUGAGGUUUCCCUGGGAGAAUUCCUGAAGGAAAUAAAGAAGCUUCCAGAAAGUGUGAAGUUUGCAGAAAUGGCCAAUAUCCUCGUCAUUCACUGUCAGUCUUCAGAUGAUCUGAUCCAGCUCACCGCCAUGUCCUGGAUGAGAGAGUUCUUGCAGCUGGCGGGAAGGGUGAUGCUGCCGUAUUCGUCGGGGAUUCUGACCGCCGUGUUGCCCUGCCUGUCAUACGAUGACCGCAAGAAGAACAUUAAGGAGGUGGCGAAUGUUUGUAAUCAGAGCCUGAUGAAGCUGGUCACCCCAGAAGAUGAUGAAUCAGACGACACAAGUCUUUUACCAAGUGCCUCACCCGAGGAGGAUUCCAGCACACACCCGGAGAGCGACGGGCACGACGCGGGAGGCCCGGGUUCGAUUCCCGGCCAAUAUUACUUGCCAUUCUCUCUCUGGUCUUGUUGCAGCUCUCUGGCAAGUGCCGUCACUCUGAAUCUGGAUGGAAUUGUGCAGGUUUUGGAUCGGCACCUCCAUGAACCCACCACGGGGAUGAUGACUCGGAUCUGUGUGCUGAAAUGGCUCUAUCACCUGUACAUUAAGACUCCACGCAAGAUGUUCCGUCACACAGACAGUCUGUUUCCCAUCCUGCUGAGGACCUUGUCUGACGAAUCUGACGAGGUCAUCUUGAAGGAUCUGGAGGUCCUGGCUGAGAUUGCCUCCUCCCCAGCUGGCCAGACAGAUCCCAACAACGAUGGUGGGGAGCUCUUCUCCGGUCAAUCUACACUGUGUGUGCCACCCCCGACCCGAGGUGUUCAACCAGGCGAAGGUGCCCGUGGCCUGGAGAGCUCACCAUCCACCCCGACCAUGAAUUCUUACUUCCAUCGCUUCAUGGUCAACUUGCUGAAGAGGUUCAGUAGUGAGAGGAGACUGCUGGAGACCCGUGGGGCCUUUAUCAUCAGACAGCUUUGUCUUCUGCUGAACGCGGAGAACAUCUUCCACUCCAUGGCGGACAUUUUGCUGAGGGAGGAGGAUCUGAAGUUUGCAUCAACCAUGGUGCAGAAUCUGAACAGCAUCCUGCUGACCUCCUCUGAACUCUUCCAGCUCCGCAGUCAACUGAAAGAUCUCCAGACACCGGAGAGCUGUGACCUGUUCUGCUGUCUGUACCGCUCAUGGUGUCACAGCCCCGUGGCCACCGUGUCUCUGUGUUUCCUCACUCAGAACUACAAGCACGCAUAUCACCUCAUCCAGAAAUUUGGUGACCUGGAGGUGACGGUGGAUUUCCUGACCGAGGUGGACAAGCUGGUGCAACUGAUUGAAUGUCCAAUCUUUACAUAUCUCCGCCUGCAACUUCUGGAUGUGGAGAAUCACCCGUAUCUGAUCAGAGCACUGUACGGACUUCUGAUGCUGUUACCACAGAGCAGCGCUUUCCAGCUGCUAUCACACCGUCUACAAUGUGUCCCCAACCCUCAGCUCAUGCGAUCAGGGCACAGCAAGGCAGCUGCCCUGACAUCCCCCAAUGAUGGUUCGGUGAGGAUAGACUACAAUGAGCUUCUGCAGCACUUCGAGAAGGUGCAAAACAAACACCUGGAAGUCAGACACCAGAGAGCAGGGGACAUCGUGGAGCGACGCCUUGGACCCUGA